AUGUUUAAUACAUCAGGAUAUCCGUCAAGCCCUAACUCAGGCGUCCAGUCUAGCUCGCAAACUCCUAACGACUCAACUUUAUAUUAUAUGAGGGAAAACCAAAGACUUUAUCAUUUGCUUUCACAGUCAGAAGGAAAGCACGAAGGCCAAUUCAAACAAUCCCGCCAUCGGAGUAGCACCUAUAGCAAGUCAUCGUCUCCAGAAACCCCGCAGAAGUCAAAUUUCCUAACUCCUCCUUAUAAUUAGCAUAUUUUUUGUUUAAUAUUUGGGUUUUAUCACAAAAAUUAAAAAAGAAAAUUUUAUAUAGAAAUUAGGGCUACCAAUAAAAAGUCAAAAAUUGAAUUUUUUGGGCAUUUAUCUUAUAAAUAAUAAAUUUCUAUCAACUCAUAUAAAGUCUACUAUUUUUAUUCUUUGUGCUAAAAUCCUCAAUAAUAAGCAAAAUUUGCUUACUAUUGGGAGGACUAAGUUCAGCCAUACCAGACGAAAUGCUGGACUCUUUGAUCGCUUUAUCUCUGGAAAACCUCAAAAAUAUUCUCGGCAAAUGUGGGACCAUCCCGACCAACAUUGCAAAAGCACUGGAAGUGAUCAACAAAGCAGAAUCAGCCCAAAGAAGCCUGCCUCAGAAAAUAGAAUAUCUCUACUCUUUAGAGAACAUAAAGGACAGAGCAAUAAAUCUUGUUGUAGAUCAACAUGAAGUGCAGCAUUAUCUAAAAGACCUUAUCUUGAACUCAGAAAGAUGCGCAGUAAUGCUGGAGAGGUGGUGUGGGCCAGGACUCAUCACUCUGCUUAGGAAGAAAGCAGAUUUACUUGAAGGUGACCUGAAUAAAAGAAAGCUGCAAGACCUGUAUUUCUUAGCCUCUGACUUUGAAAAGCUCAAAGAAAAAUCCAUUGAAAAGUUUGGGUCUUGAAACAAUGAAUAUCCAUACAAAUUUAUAAACGAGUCAAUAGGUAAAAGUGUAGACAACCAAAAGAAAAUCACUGAUAUUCAAUGGACGAUAAAGCAAAAGUGCAGCCAUAUGAAAAAUGAGCUUGAGCUAUUUAAAAAGGAUUUAAAUAAAUUAAAAGGAAAAGUAGGAUUUGAAUUUUACAGUACCUUAUGUGCGUUGGAAGGGAAGAGCGAAAAGUCUCCAGGUUUGUCACAGCUGAAAGGAAAGCUGCUGAAGGUUACUGUGCCACAGCUUAAAAUAAUGAAAAGCGAAAUAGUUGACAUAAGAGAACGAGUUUCGCAGUAUAAAGGGUACUUCAAUAAAGAAAUAAACAAAUUCAGCAAUGAGGUUCAAGAAUUAAAUAGAGUUCAUUCCAAUACAAAAGAACUGAUAAAAAUAAAAAUCGGAUCUGCUGAUUGUUGCGUAAAGGAGCUGAAAGAGGAGCUAGCUGGCUUGAAGGAAAUCUUUUUGGAGAACCAAGAAUCGUUUUUAGAGGGCAUGGAAUACGAAAUUGAGAAUGGAGCAAGCAGACUGAGAUUGAAAGCAAGGCCAGCGAAGGUCAAAACAAAGGUCAGGUCAAAGAGGACACAGCCACUGAGAGUGGAAGUCAAAAAUCAAUUUGCUUUGAUAAAGGAAGCACUAAACGACACUAAGUGCUGGGCUACUGAUGAAAUUCAAAAGUCCUUUGAUAUCACAGCUAAAAGGAUCGCAAAGCUAUCAUUUCUCGAGAGUUUACUGCCAAAGCUGUUUAACAGCUAUAGAAUUUUAAAAAAAGAAUUCAUGCAAAUGAAUGAAGCCUUAGCCAGCGAUUUUUGUUUUAUAGAGAGCAAGGCAAAGCAAUUAGUGACUGAGAGUUCAAAUAAAUCAGCAGAAAUUGAAUCACUAAUAAAAGCUCAAAAAGAACUUUCAGCAAAGUUUAACAGCUUAGAAAGCGAGUUGAGUCUUUCUAAAGAAGAUAAUAGAUUUCUAGAAUCCAAAAUUAAAAUGCUAGAAGAAAAAGCCAAGCAUUUAGGAAAUGAAAAUGAAGAGAAAAAGUUUUUAGAAGGCUUAACUAAACAGCUAGAAAACAAGAUAAGGGAUCUCGAACAAAAUCUGGCUGCGGCAAAUAAUGAAAGGAAGAUUGCUGAAAAUAACCAAAGGCAAGACCAAGUAAAAAUAGCGGAAUUAGGAAGCCAUUUGUCUUCUGAAAAGAAUGAAACAGCAAGGUUGCAAGAAAAAGCAAGAGCCCUUGAAUCAAAGAAUAAACAGCUGGAGAAUGACUUAGGACAUAAUAAUAAAGAAAAGCAGAGCUUAGAGUCACAGAAUAAAUCACUUAACCAGAGGUUAAAAGAUAUUGAAGAAGAGGAUGGCAUAAUCAAAGAGCAGCUUAUUUCUGCACAAAGCAAAUUGCAUGAGUCCCAAGAAAAAGGGAAGAGUUUGGAAAAACAAUUAGCGGCCGCUAAGGAGCAACUGAUUUCUGCGAAUAAAAACAUCCACGAAUUAGAAGGAAAAAUAAAGGAUUUAGAACAAAAGCUAGCAGAGGCUAAAAUGGAGAACUUGCAGCUAAGCGCAAGGAUAGCUCAAAUAGAUGAAGAUGCUAAAACUUUGAAGGGUGAGUUAUCCAGUACUCAAAAAGCCAAAGAUAGCUUGGAGCUUCAAAUAAAGCAAUUAAUAGAAAAAAAUGAAAAGACUGAAAAUGAAGCAAAUGAAAGCUAUCAAUAUUAUGAACUGAAAAUUGAGCAACUCAAUAGUAAUACUGAAGCCUUAGAAAAAAAGCUUGAAAAUUCGGAUGAAUCAAUACAAAAGCUACAGAUAAGUAAUAAUGAGCUUGAUAUUAACUCAUCCUUGGCUAAUGAGCAAAAAAACAUUAGUAAAAUAACUAUUUUUGAGAAAAAAUUUAAUCCCUUUAUCUGUCAAGCAAAAAUUUUUUAAUUAAAAAAUUUAUUGUACAAGCUAUAUCCUUAUAUAUAAUUAAUGACCUUAUAGUUAAAUGUGUAGCAAAUAAUAAAAUUAGUGCUCUAAAAUAGAAAUUUUUAUAUUAUUUUAUUUUAAAAGAUUAACUUCCUUGGCUAACGCAUUAUUUUUUUGCUUGCUAGCCAAGAGGGAGGGAGUAAAAUUAAAAAUUUGACCAGUGAGCUUCUUGAAAAAAAUCAUGCUAAUGAUGCUCUAAAAGCUCUGCUUGAAGCAAAAAUAUCUGAAUUGAAAAAUACUCUAGCUUUAGCCCAAGAAAAAUCACAGUUAGUUGAAGCCAAAAAUAUUCAGUUGCAGGAAUUAUUAAAGAAUGAAGCAUCAAAAUCUCAACAACUUGAAGAGGAUAUUAAAGGAAUGACGCAAGGCUUAGAGGCAGCAAAUGAAAAGAAUGAAGAAUUAGCUUCUUUAACUGAUAAACUUAGUGCUCAAAUUAGCGAACAUGAAAAAAGCCUCAGCAUAGCUAAUGAAAAUAAUUCAGUCUGCAAUACAGUUAUUCAAGGCUUAAAAAACAAAAUUAAAGAACUAGAAGGCAAACUGAUUUUGGAAAAUAAUAAGAAUGCAAAUUCUGAAUCUGAGCUCCAGAAAAUUAUAAUCGAAGCUGAUAGUUUGAAGAAAAAAUUAGGUGCUGCCACUAAUGAAAAUGGAGAAUUAAAAUCAGAAACCCAAAGGUUGGCUCUAAAAAGUAGCGAUUUUGAGAAAAGGCUCUUAAAUGAAGCUAGCAGAAGCUCAGGUUUGGAAUUGGAUAUUGAAGAGCUCAAGAAACAAAUAAAUGGCUUAGAAAGUAAAGGGAAAAAUUUAAGUGAUGAAAAUAAUUAUUUGAAAAUUAGCGUGCAGUCACUUGAAGAACAAAAAAGUGUUUUUAGCGAGAAAAAUUCAAAACUUCAAUCAGAAAUUUCAAUGCUGCUUUUAGAACAGAAGAACUUACUCCUUGUUAAUUUUAUUUUUUAAAAAAAUAUAUAUAAAUUUUUAAUUUUUUUUUGUUUUUUCAAAAUUUAAAAAAUUCCAAUUUUUAAAAAUUAAUUUAAUAUACACAAUUUAUAUUUCAAAAUGCAAGCUGUUUAAAAUUAUACAGAAUUAGCUAGAAAUUCCAUUAUAAUAAUUAUCACUUAUAUAUAUCAAAACUUUUUUUUUUUCAUAAACCAUUUUUGUUCGCUCACGGAGGGUGGGUUUUGAGCAAAAAUAGGGAUUUUCCAAUGGUUUUGUUCGCUCACAUGGAGGAGUUAGAGGAAAAAUUGUUAGAUUCAUCAAAAGAAAAUGAAUAUUAUGCGGCACAAAUAGCACAGCUUGAUAAGAAAAUAACAGAAUUGCAAGACAGUUUGGCAUUAUCGCAAGAGGAUAAUCAAUUUUUUGAUGGACGAGUAAAGAAAUUAAAAGAAGAGAUAAAGGGAAAGGACUCUCAGAUUGAUCAACUAACUCCCCCCCCCUUUAAAUUGAAACAAAAUAUAGGUAAAAUUCCUACUUUUUUUGGGAAAUUACCCCCCUUUAAAUUGAAAACAAAAUUUUAUUAUAAUAGAAAAAUUUUAUAGGUAAAAAUCAUUAUUUUAUAUGUAAAUACGUUAAUACCCUAUUUAAUAUGCUUCAAACAUAUAAGAUUUAGAAAUUAAACUCUAUUUUGUCCAAUUGUUAUGGGGAGAGUUAGAAGAAUACCAUUUCAGCAAGUUUACACUUUGAGAUUGAGAAAUUUAUGAAAUUAAUUUUUCAUGAAAUUAUAAAAUUUUAUCUCUGAAAAAAUUUUUAUAUAUAAAUUUUUUUAUAAAAAAAUUUUCUUAACCCCCCUUUAAAUUGAAACACAAAAUUUUUUGUUUCAAUUUAAAGGGGGGGGAGUAAGUAAUGGAAAUAAAAUACUUGAACAAAAAAUUUCUGCUUCAUCAAAAGAAAAUGAAUAUUAUGCAGCACAAAUAGAGCAACUUGAUAAGAAAAUAAAAGAAUUGCAAGACAGUUUGGUAUUAUCACAAGAGGAAAAUCAAUUUUUUGAAGGACAAAUAAAGAAAUUAAAAGAAGAGAUAAAGGGAAAGGACUCUCAGAUCGAUCAACUAAGUAAUCGAAAUAAAAUGCUAGAGCAAGAAAUUUCUGCUAUUAAAAAUCUACUUGAAAACGAAAUUCAAUCGCACAAAGCCUUAACCGAAGCAAAUGAAAUUAAGCUCCAAGAAGAGAUUGACAAAGCUGAAAAGUACUUCGAGAAAGUCAAGGAGAGUGAGGUGCAGAGCUGCAAGGAAACAUUUGAAAAAGAAAAGACCUCAAUCAUUGGGAAAUUCGGCAUUGUUAUUGCUGCAAUCAAAAACGUGAAUGGAACUAAAAAUUCAGUUUUUGGUCAGCUGAAAACAAAUAUGAAUGCCAUUAGAGACAACUUGCUGCUAGUCCAAGAGUUUGCCAAUGAUUUUCUCUCAAAAGAAAUGAAAAGCCUAACUGACCAAAUAGAAUACAUGAACUCAAAAAAUAAAAUGGACACUGACUGGUAUGCAAAUCAAAGCAAAAUAAAGUUUGAAUCCGCAGCCGAAGAAAUCAGGGAAAAUUUAUUGAGGUUUAAAGAACAAUGUGCUGAAGGUCUUAAAGAGUAUCGCAAUAUGGGGAAAUAUGAGCUUGAAUCAUUCGAAAAAAGGAAGAAUGCUUUAGCUACACAUGCAGAGUCACUUGAUAGAAUUAGUUUUGCUUUUAAUGUGUUUGAGAAUGAGCUGGAUACUUCUCUGCACCAGUACGACGACAAACACUCACUCUUCUCAAUUUAAUAGAAUCACUUUUUAUCGUUAUUAAUUUAUAUAAAAAAUUAUUUAAUGUUUUUGCUUGUAAAAAUAAUUUUGAAACUUCAAGAUUAAAGUUUUGAAAAUGAAUAAAAAAAAAUAAUUACAUCAAUUUUCUAUUUAUUAGUCUAACAGGUGUUUUAAGCCAUGAAAAAAAUAAAUAAUUAUUAAAACACGUCUUAAGGGAAAAAAUUUUUUUUUUUUGUUUUAAAUAAAGAAAGAGAGUUAGAAUCUUUUGACAAGGAAUCUGAACAAAUUCUUCAUGGAAGAUCUAAGCUGUUGAUUCAUAGAGACUUGAACGUUACUGCAGACUCCUCCACUUUCACCCCAAAGAAAAGAAAAAUUUCAACGCUGAAAAUAAUCCAGUCACACACAUUAAAUAAACUUUUAGAAGAGUUGAUGGACAAUCGGUACGAGCUGGAUAUGAGAUACUUGAAAGCUGGCAAAAAAUUAAUGCCAAUGAAUAAAUUUUUCGACGAUUUUUUGGAAAGAAAAUAUGGGAUUCAAACACUGCAAGAUAAAAAUAAGCAGAAAAUCACAGAUUCCUUAAUAAAGUACAAAGAUGAUGAUGAAUAUUAUGCCUUCUAUUUCAAUUUAUUAGUCGAGAGUCCUAGCGCUUUUAGUCAUGAAUUAGCUCUAUUUUUAGUCAAAAUGAGGCACUCUUACAACCAGCUUAAAAACUGCCAGGUUCAGGAUAAAAACCUUACUCCAAAAAGCACUCCAAAAACCACCCCAAAAGCAACUCCAAGGCAAACUCCAAGGGCCACUCCUACCUCUACCCCAAAGGAUACACCAAAUUCUACUCCAAAAGCAACUCCAAGAGGUACUCCUCAUGGCUCUCCAAAGCCGUCAGGCAUUAGGGAUGAAAUUUUCAUAUGCAUGAAUCAUGUCUUGACUUGGAUUAGCAACUAUUUCGCAAGCGAGCAGAAGUUUGGAGAAUCCCUCAUUAAAUUCUUGAGACCAGAAGAGAUUGAACAAAUUGACUGGAACAUUUUCAAUAUCCAGCACACCAUAUGGAGAAAAGGCCUCGAACCUAUAAAAGCCUACGAAAUGAUUUCGAACGAAGAAAGCAAGAAAUUAACCCAAGAAGAGUUUGUGGUAGGGAUGAAAGAAAAAAUCAACUGCUUUAUUUCUGAAGAAGAUUUAGCAAGUAUUUACCUUAGAUUCGCGAACCCAGAAAUAGAUGCUGAAAAUUUCACGAGCUUUUUGAAUAUGAAAAGCUACUUUACAAAUCCAAAACUGUAUUGCUCUCAGAUUCAAUUCUUGAAUGCACUUGUAAACGCUUACAAUACAACUCACAUCACUGAGUAA